CCCGGCCCCCAAAAGGCAAUGACUUGUGCCCUGCUUCCCAGGCUACUCCUGCUCUUACCCUUGGCUGCUCCUGCCACAGGAAUCCCCCAUGGCCCCACCUCCCCGCUUCGCUACUCUAGAUUCCUUGACUCCUCCAAUGUCAUAUAUCUGCGCUGGGACUUUGACAUUCAGACCGAAGUCAUCACGUUUGAUCUGCAGGUCCGGACAACUGGCUGGGUGGGCCUUGGUGUCACUAAUCGCUACAGCAAUGUGGGAGCUGACCUAGUGGUUGGAGGUGUCCUGCCUGAUGGAACUGUCUACUUCUCGGACCAGCACUUGGUAGAUGAUGAUACCCUGAAGGAGGAUGGGAGCCAGGAUGCAGAGUUGCAAUUGCUAAAAGAAGAUGCUGUCUACACCACCAUGCGCUUCUCCCGACCCUUCCGCACCUGUGACUCCCAUGAUGGAGACAUCACAAGUGACACAAUCCGGGUCCUGGCAGCUUAUGGGCUGGAUGACACAAUAAAGCUGGAGAGGGAGCGCACCUUUGUCAAGUCAAUCUUUCUGCUGCAGAUUGUCCAUCCUGAUGAUCUUGAUGCCCCCGCAAUCUCUUACAUUCAUGACUUGGAGAUCACUGAUUUUCUCAUCCCUGAAGAUGACACGACUUAUGCCUGCACCUUUCUUCCCCUGCCCAUCGUCAAGGAGAAGCAUCACAUCUAUAAGUUUGAGCCAAAGCUGAUCUACCACAAUGAGACGAUGGUGCACCACAUCCUGGUUUAUGCCUGUGGCAAUGCCAGUGCCCUCCCGACGGGCAUCAGUGACUGCUAUGGUGCUGAUCCUGCCUUCUCCCUCUGCUCCCAAGUGAUCGUGGGCUGGGCUGUCGGAGGCACUAGCUACCAGUUUCCAGAUGAUGUGGGCAUUUCCCUUGGGACUCCCCUGGACCCCCAGUGGAUCCGGCUAGAGAUUCACUAUAGCAAUUUCCACAAUCUUCCUGGUGUAUAUGACUCUUCUGGGAUUCGAGUUUACUUCACCCCCAUCCUGCGCAAAUAUGAUAUGGGAGUCCUCCAGCUUGGAUUCUUUACCUUCCCCAUCCACUUCAUACCACCAGGAGCAGAGUCUUUCAUGUCCUAUGGGCUCUGUAUGACUGAACAGUUUGAUGAGAUAAAUGGGGUUCCUGUGCCUGACAUCCAAGUUUAUGGUUAUCUUCUGCACACUCACCUAGCAGGGAGGUCUUUGCAAGCUGUGCAGUACAGGAACGGAAAGCAGGUCAGGACCAUCUGCAAGGAUGACGCCUAUGACUUUAAUCUACAAGAGACUCGAGACUUAAAGGAGCGAAUAACAAUCAAGAUGGGAGAUGAAUUGUUGGUGGAGUGUCACUACCAGACCCUCGAUCGUACCACGCUCACCUUUGGUGGCCCAAGUACCAUUAAUGAGAUGUGUCUCAUCUUUCUCUUCUACUAUCCCCGGAACAACAUCUCCAGCUGCAUGGGGUACCCAGACAUCAUCCAUGUGGCCCACGAACUUGGAGAAGAAGCAUCGAGUAAUUCCAUGGAGGGCAUGAUGGCCAUGAAUAAUGUUGACUGGACCCCAGAAAACAUCAAAAAAGCAGAGAAAGCCUGCAAGAUGGCUGACCAGGUGGUGGUAAUAAAGACCAUUGAUGAGUUGGUAAAGAAUCAGACAGGCCACAUUCCAGACAUAAUUCCUACUCCCCGUGGGCCUUGCUUGGAGUCCACAGGGGGCAAAGUAGAACCAGGAGACAAGACCCCUGCAGGAUACCGAGCUGCCCCUCUAGUCCAUUCUGGCUCCAGUCCUACAGUUCCCUUAACUAUUCUCCUACUUCUACAGGGGGUCUUUUCUUGGCUUCUGGAUUCCCUCCAAGGUGCAGUCUGAGGCCAUCCUGAGACUCCCACGCUUAGGGCCAUAUACAUGAAAACUUCCUUCCUGUCCUCACUGACCCUGAUUCCUCCUCUAUCCCUUCCCCCACAAAAAAAGCCUUCCCCUCAUCCCACCCCUGAUUCUGACAUGGAGUGACAACCCUCUCAAAACUCAGUCUCGGCUCUUAUCCAAUAAAAGUUCUGAAAUGAUGAAAA